UCCCACCUUACUUAACAUUCUUUUGGAAAAAAUGAAACCAAAUCGCAAACCCAGAUCUCUCCCUUCAUCUCUCAUCUUGUUUCCUCUUCUUCUCUUCAUCCCCACUCAUUGAUAAAAAGGCCGAUGCCAAUAAUCCGGUCAUCAGGUGAGCCCAUCAUCGGAGCCAAUAAUCAGACAAGUCGCUGGUCACUCUGGUCUCUGUGGCUUCUAGCGAAGGAAGGCGAGAAGAGUUCCACACCGAAACGAUGACGGAUGAGGCGUCGGGGAAUCUGGAGUACGAUUUCUAUUGGAACCCAACAAAGUGAAGAUUAACUGAAUUAUGCUCCUCUACACAGUAUGAUUUGAUACAUGUCGCUGCUGGAGAUUUACUUAGAGCGGAAAUUGCAUCUGGGAGUGAAAAUGGGAAGCAUGCAAGGGCGUACAUGGACAAAGGACAAUUGGUUCCAGAUGAAAUAGUUGUUAUGAUGGUGAAAGAGCGUCUAUUACAGCCAGAUUCUCGAGAAAAAGGCUGGCUCUUGGAUGGAUACCCUAGGAGCUCAUCGCAAGCAAUUGCUCUUAAGGAAUUCGGCUUCGAGCCGGAUCUUUUCAUUCUUCUUGACGUCCCUGAAGAGAUUCUUGUUGACAGAGUAGUUGGAAGAAGGUUAGAUCCUGUUACUGGAAAGAUCUACCAUCUGAAGUAUUCUCCUCCAGAGACCCCAGAGAUCGCGGCAAGGCUCACCCAACGUUUUGAUGAUACAGAAGAAAAGGACCCCGUAAUCAGGCCACUAUAUGAACUGGAGAAAAGUAACUUGGAAGAUAUUCUAACUGAAAUUCCAUUGUGGAUUAACCUCUCCCGAUUACGAUUGAUUUAUUUGAAGAGGGAGGUGAUUGGGAAAGGAAGAAUCGAUUGAAGGUAUAUGAAGGCUUGUACUGCAUGUCCACUCGAAAUUUUAAGAAGGCAGCUGAUUUGUUCCUGGAUUCCAUUUCUACCUUCACCACUUACACAAUAUUUCCCUAUGACAUCUUCAUAUUUUAUACCGUCCUGACAAGCAUUAUAUCUUUGGACAGAGUUUCUUUAAAACAGAAGCUUGUCAACAAAAGGAGGUUGAAUCCAUGGGACCAAUUGCAGAGCGUUGGAGAAUCAGAAGUAAAAGUGUGUUACAUAUAUUGAGAUAUGGAGGCCCUUGGUUGAAGAGAAGAGCUGGGUUAGGCAUGGGUAUGGUUGCAGCCUAUAAUCCAAGUCUCCAUUAUCUCAUUGAAUCUCAUGGUUUUAUUGAAGAGGAUGCAAAAUCUUGUACAAUUUCUUUGCUUCUUUAAAGUAAAGCACUUCAUUGUAAAUGUUUGAAGUAUGUUUAUUGUAGAUAAAUAAAAGUAUUAUUAUGUUCAGGUUGCAAAUUAAUUAGCAGAAAUAAUUUUUUUU